AUGAGUCAGAGCGUUGAAAAGAAGAUUAGACCAGUCACCCAAUUCAUGUUCGAACGUCUCGAGGACCACAAAGACCCCGACACCGGCAUUCUUAGCCCAUAUUUUGAAAUCAGAGAAGUCGAUAUUGGCGAACCGUUCUUGAAAUGGUAUCAAAUGAGCAGAGAUGGCCCGAAAGGCAAGGCAGUCAAGGAAAGGUGGUAUCAGAUGGAUGGAAGGAGCUAUGAGUUCUUCCACUUAGACGGCUAUCAGUGGACGAAGCAGCUCAGAGGCAGUAAGAUUGACGUUACCGUCAGCCAACUCGAGUCACUGGCGAAGGAACAUGGCCAGAGCCCGUACGACAUUGCGACUAACACAUGUCACGAUGCGAGAGAAAGCAUCAUGAAAAUACUCGGUGUCGACAUACCCCAACCCCGAUACAUAACGCGGAUUACGGGCAAAAUAAGGCCGAUGAUCCCUCCACUCCAGUCGAGCUCUCGCAAGGCAGGAUCUUCAUCGAGGGAUGGUACUGGUGAGGCAGAUGCAACAGGGGAUGGGACAAAGCCUUGA